AUGGCGAGCUCCGUCACCGUCGGAUUCUGGAGCCUUAGCGCCGCCCGCUUCUGCGUCGGCGUCUCCUUCGGCAUCGGCCAGCCGGCGUGGAACACGCUGGGCGCAGAGGUCACACCAGCGGACUAUAGGAUCAUGAUGUCGGCCAUCUCGCAAGGCUUCUUCAUCUUGGGGGAGCUCUACAGCGCGACGCUGCUGAUGGUUGACGACCCGCAGAUGAAGGACCUGCACUGGCGGUGGCUGCUGCGCAUGGGCGCCAUCCCAUCGGCAAUCUUCGGAAUCGCCUGCCUGCUCUUCAUGCACCAGUCCCCCUCGUACCUUGCCGUCUCUGGGCAGUACGAGAAGGCGAAAGAGGUCUUGCAGUCGAUGCGCAACGACAACGGGCACCCGGCCGACAUGUCGGUCGACUUCGCCCUCGUCACCAGGAAGAGCCAGCUGAAGCGCAUGGCCAAAAGACUGCGGGCGGCCCGGCGCCUCACCGUACUGUCUAAGAACGACCUCCUCAAGCAGGUGCGCGUGGUGUUCGGCCCAAACCUGUGGCCGUCCACCCUCAUCGUGAUGUACUCGUGCUUUGUGCUCAACUUCCUGUACUACGGCUGCCUCUACGCCCUGCCGCAGGUGCUCGCGAGCAGCGCCGAGCCGGGCUCGAACGCCGCGCUGGAGCUCCUCACCGGCGCACUCGCGGAGAUCCCCGGGCAGGUGCUGGGCAUCCUCUGCGGCUCGUACCUCACCCGAAAACUCAACAUGAAGGUGUACCUCGGCCUUACGUCGCUGUCGCUCGUGUCCUUCGCGUUUAGCCUCAUCCACCCUGGAGGGGCCGCGAAGGUUUUCCAGCUGGCCGGCAUCUACGGCAUUAAGUGCUUCGUGGCGAUCGGCUUCGUGGUCGUUUACCAGUACUCUAUCGAGAUCUACCCGACGGAGGCAAGGACAACGGGUACUGCAAUCAACAUGGGAAGCGGCCGCGUCGCGGGCAUCAUCUCUCCCCUGAUUUUCGAAGGCGUAGUGAGUGUGACUGGCGGCUUCUCUGUUUUCUUUUAUCUCCUGAUCGGGUGCGCCACGCUCAAUUUUCUCCUCAUCCCGCUGCUGAAGUACGAGACCUUCGGGAUGGCGCUGAUGGACGACGUUGACGACGAGGACGAAGAGGAGGCUGGCAAGGCCGAGAAGGCCAAGGAGGAAGAGGACGAGGUGGCACCGCUGCUCGAUUCGAAAACCACGAGGUACCGCGCCAGGACCGUCUUCUUCGCGGAACCGCUCAUGCCACGGUUCUGA